UCUAAAAGCUAGUGUGGUCUCUGUUGGAGAGAAAGAAAAGGUUGAUACUGGUUUUUUUUGGCGGGGGUUCCUUGGACCGAGUCCUGCAAGGCACGCUUCUCAUCCCUCGCCCGAGGUGUCGGUUGUGACUUCAAUGUCUUUGGUUGUCAAGGAAGUUGGAGUGGAUGAAGAUUUGGGUGGUUGCUCUUCAGGCACUCCGGUCGAUGUCAGGUUGUCUGGCUUAAUCCAAUCACAGAAGUUGCCGGUAGGUUUCGGUUUGUCUGGGAAGAUUGUUGUGUGGGAUUAGGGAGAUGAGGUUUGGUAUGGGGAGUAUGGAGAUUCCCCUUACCCUUCAGAUGCUUUUUCCCCGACCGCCUCGAUUGGGUAUUGGAUUGUAAUGAAGAUGAGGAUCCGACCUUGGCGCUACUGGAUGCCAUUAAAGAGGAUUUUCUUCAGGAAGUAAAGUUUGGGCAGCCUAAGACUAAAGGCAAGAAGGAGCUGUUAAAUUUAGAAAGCUCCAUUAACUAUGGCGAUGCAAAAGCGUCUACACGGCGAGGGAAAGGCAAGGCUCACGUGCGGUAGCGUUGAGUGUCCUCACGAGUUUCGGGUAUGAGGGCUUUAGGUCCUUGUGGGCUAGUUUGGUUUCUUGUGGGCUAGUUUGGUAGUUCCUGUGCUUUUAGUGUUGUUGGGUUUUGGCGGGUGCUUUUUCUUGUUUUUUUUUUUUGUUUUUUUUCUUUUUUUCCCUGCUUUGUGUUCCUUUUUAUACUUCCGGUAUGUUUGGGGGUAUCUAUGCUUUUUAUAAAGCUUAUUUGAUUACCUAUCCAAAAAAAAAAACUUGUUGCAUUACUUUCACGUACAUUUUUUUUCUUCUUGAAUCUGGAAUGAAGCACAAAUUGCUGAAUCUGGUAGAAAAUCUUGUCGAAGCUUAUAGAGUAACCUUAUAUUGACUACUUCAACAUAUAUCCCGUGCUUUUUUGUUGUUGUUGUUGGUGUAUGUUUGUUUGUUCUUUUGUCAUAUUCUCCUUUUAUUAGAAUUGUUGCCUUUUGUCAUUUCUGCAUUGAAGAAAUGUUUUAACCUUUUCAUAAAUGUUGGAUUUUACUUUAUUUUGUUUUCCAUUGGCAGAUUUUAGUAAAAGCUGAGGUGUUCAAAGUAAUGAUUUGUUACCUUUGAAUUUCUUCUAUCUAAAAACAUAGAAAUGAUUUUUUUAUGAUUGCAGUGAGGCUUGCUGCUGAGGAGACGUCAGUAAAUUUAACUGGAUAUGAGCACAAUGCAGUGACAUGUAUUGGCAUGAAAACAGACAUUCCGGUGAUUUUGGAUGAAGCAAUUGUAAAACGUCAUCCUGAUUUCUUCUGGUUGGGUGGUGGGGAGGUUGAUCUGAAGCUGGGGAUCCGAACCUCUGAAUUUAUCAACUUUGUUAAACCUUUCAUCGGAAGGAAAGCAGAGAACAUUAAAUUGCCGUCUGCUAACGAACAAUCAAUAAAUGAGAUUCAGAGGUGGGGAGUUCCCAAAAAACCAACAGGAGAUCGUGAACCCUCAAAUGAAGAUUGGUUAGAUGAUGAGAGAAAUCACUAGCAAGUCAGCAACUAAGCAUUAGAUAUGAAUUUUGAUUGAAGAUAAUGUAGGCUUGGGGAGAGAGCGUAAUUCCUUCCAAGUAGACAACCCGAGUAGGGUUAAGAGCGCUAGAUGGUUUCAUCCUUAGAUUGCAUUUUGUAUUCUACAUCUUCAUUGUUUAUUUACUGAGAUUUAUAUAUUUCGAUAUUACCCUACAGUAACAUUUUAUUGGUUGAAUUUCGAAGCAAACAUUGUACAAAAUAGGAUGAAUGUGAUACUGACUAGUCUUGA